AACUUACAAAGGUUAGAGAGAUUCUGCAUCAAGUCAAGUCUUGCGUUUAUUACGUUAAAACAUGUUGUGAUAAGUGCACAAAAAGACAAAAAGACCAUUCCUUCUUGUCAAACUGCCAAUAAGUGUACUUAUAAUAAGUAUGGUCUUUUCACCAGAUACUACUAUUGUUUAGUUGGUGGUGACA